AUGUUCUUGGUUCUGCUGCUCUUUUUCAACAGGGCGUCGCUUGAGCGGCCAGAUCGCCCCAGCUUCAGCACGCCUCCAGCACCGCCACCACUGCGGAAGUCGGGGAAGCAGGUGCACUGGCAGCUCUUGCAUGGAGGCCGGGCGACGCCAAGGCCCUUAGUUGCGCGCUCGGCGUACAUCACGCUGCAGGAGGAGACGCUGUCCAACCUGAGUCCAGACGACGUGGCCGAGGAGUUCUUGAAACAUUGGUCGCUGGACUCGCUGCUGGUCCGAGCCCUGGCGCGGAGCGGUGCCUCUCACCUCUUCCCCUGGAAAAGCGAAGGAAAUCGACAACUCUCCUUUGGGAUGAAGAUGAACAUCCCAUGGCAUCAUGUACAGAGAGUCGAGAGCUGGUCCUCACAGUCCAAGAUGCCCGAGGAAACCGGCGACCUCCUCAUCCGCAGCGCAGUCACCGCGGCCCACGGACAAGAUACGCUGACCGUGGAGAUCACAUUCGAGAUGGAUUCUCCAGUUAUCAGCCGACUCCUCCCGCGCCUGCAGCUCUUUAUCGAGCCGUCCGAGCAACAUGCCAUCAAGGUAUGGAUCGGCGGCCUUGUUGAAUGGAAGGCGGGCAUAGGUGAAUGCUUCGUUUAG